CGCGGGAGACACAAGAGCUGCUUGAGUGGAGCACGAGGAGGGAGGCGGACUGAGCGCGAGGAGCAACAUGGAUGAAUCAGACCUACUGAAGGAGAGACUCCAGGCCAUUACUGAGAAGAGCCGUGUUCAAGAGGACAUCAGGCAGAAAAAACUGGAACUGGAUCGAGAGAAACUCAAACUACAGCAUCUAAAGAAAAAGUCUCUGAGGGAGCAGUGGCUUCUAGGGGAUUCAGCUUCCCAUAAUGCAGUACAGCGACAACAGAGCAUUCUGACUGACCAGCAACGGACCAGUGCACUGCAGGUUAACAUCCAAAGGAUUGAGAAGGAGGUGGAGUCUCUAGAAAGGGAGGAGACUCUGAUUUCUGCAAAUGAGGGCUUCAUCCUUAAGAAACUGAAAGCUGUGGAGAAAAGUACGGAGGAAAUUAUCAAGGAGGUCCAGGACAACUUUAUUCCAGACCCUGUACCGGUUGCCACGGUGAUCCCAGCCCUCCCAGAAUCCUUCUCUUCACUAGCCCAGACAGACGGCGAGGCAAACACACUGAGACACACUCUGUUUGCCAUGGAGGUCAAUGUGGCUAAAAACCUGCUGACUGGAGAGAGUUUAGUAGUUUCUACUGCCGAAGUCUCACCUCAGGAGUUAAAGCAGCACAGCGGUGUCAAAGUCUUCGACGAUGGCCAGAAGUGUGUUUAUGCCCUGGAGGCUCAACAGGGGUCACAUGACCACAGCUGUGUGUCUGAACUGUCAGCCAAUGAGGUGGAACAGCUGCUGAGGGACGCCACUCAGUAUUGCCACAGAAAUCAACAAAACCAUAGUAGAAGGCAGGGGCGUCGCUAUAGCAACCACCUGGAUGAGAGACAAAAAGGGGAGGGGCAUCAGCACAGAAACCAGGGAGAAAAGCAUUACUAUGGUAACCAUCAUCCCAGAAACAGUGUUGGGCAGGAAGGCUGUUGCUAUAGUAACCAGCAGAGUAAAAACUUGCUGAGAAGACAGAGUGAAGAGCAUUACUAUGGUGAUAGGGUAAGCCACAGGAGCCAGAAGGAAAGGUGUUGCCACAGCAACCAGCGGGAGGGGCAUUACCUUCGAAACCAGCAGGAGGAUCAUCACUGUACUGAGAGAAACUGUCAUGGCAACCACAGUUAUCACAAUAGUAACCGUGCCAGCAGCAUCAUCAGAAGCAGCAGCAAGAUGAGUGGAGGCAGAACCAAUGGCUGCCCUCCUCCCAGAUCACAUGACCAGAAAACAGUAUCAGCUUAUCAGUCAGAGCUCUGCUACACUCCAGCCAAUCAUAUUCCUCUUAGUGAUUACGUCAGUGUGGACGAGGAUGUUUAUCUUUACAGGCCCGCCCCCUACCGCGCAUUUGACCAGUCAGAGAACAGCCAUAAUGGCAACAACCGAUCCAGCGCUCUAUAUUAUGGCCCCUCCCAGUCUGACAGACCCCCCUCCCCCCUGUUUGAGGCCGAUGCCCCGUACACUAUCCUGAGCACCAUAGACGCCACAGAGCCAAUCACAGCCAUCUUCAUGGGCUUCCAAACCAGUCAAGAUGACAGUGGGCGGGGCCAGGAGUAUGACGGCUCCCUCAAGGCAGAGCUGGUCAUCAUCGAUGACAACGAUGACGGCGACAAUGACAACAAAGUAAAGGAGGGCAAUGGCAACCUGGGUGCCAUUCAGGAAAAAGCAGGCCGUUCCGCCAAUGGAAAAACAGGAGCCGCGGAGGCAGGUGGACACAGGUGGUCAGAUAGAUGGCUGCAACCAGGUAUCAGAAAAAUCCAGAAAAAACAUAAGCCCUGCUGUACUGUCUGCUAGCUGGACUAAUGCUUGCUAUGUAAGCAGAUGUGUAAAGCAUGCUGGUAGCAGAGAAGAUAUCUGUGGCAGCAGCAGAGCAUCACUCCGGCAGUUCACAUUGGCAUGUAGUAGAGGUGAAGUCAGCAGCAUUCAACAUAACUUACUGCCUGUCAAUGCUCCUGAAGCUUGUGAAGAAACAUUUAAACUAACCGCAACAGAUCUAAAAUGAAUCAAGAUUCAGCAGCUGCUGACAAGUAUUGUCAGAAACAGAUUUUGAGGGAAAGUAAGAGGAAGUUUACAUUUUUUUCUAGUUUGAAAUACAGGCACUGACAAUGAGUUUUCCAGUUUGGUUGGAUCUAUGGUAGAUGAAAGUAACUAGGCUUUGCAGACUUUCCCUGCAAAGAGUUCAGUUAUACCCAGGAAAACAUUACACUGAGUUUUAAUAUUUGGGAGGAAUCCACUGUUGUGUGUCAUGGAGGGAGAGCACAUGUCAGUCAUCUUUUGGAACAUUGCCUGCUCUACUUCAGUGGCACAACCAUCAAGUGACCAAUACUGGGGAGUAACAUGCUCCUUAACAUCCAUUAAGGAUUUUUAAACACCAAGUGACUAAGCAACCUACUAUCUAACUGUGUAGAUGGGUGGAUUUCUUAUAUAAAAAGGUGCUUGAAAUGAAACAACAAAAAACAAAAUAAAGAAAGAAAGGACAGAAAGAAAAUGUAAUAAUAAUAAUAAUAAUAACAAUACAAACAACUAGAAAAAUACAAGAUAGAUCAGCAUUAUCAUUAAUCAAAUAAUUCCAACACUAAAGCAUGUUGAUUACAAAGUCUGAUAGAAAAAUAUGAGGGAAAUUAUGGAUUACAAGAUUAGCAGCAACCUGUUAUUUCAAACACAGAUGCCCUGCUGGGCCUGCUGGUGGCGCUAGAGGGAUACUCAUUGGGUGACCAAAAUGGCCACGUUUAAUCAUCUAGCAAACAUGGACGUUGUCACCAAAUCUCAUGGCAACUCAACAAAUAC